UGGACCCCUCAGGGGGUAUGAGGUUCGCCUCCACUUCAUUGACGAUCCUAGGCCAGUGGCAUGCCCGCCACGCUACACCCUGUUCCACCUCCGAGGCCAGGUUGACGCUGAGAUACGGGAGAUGCUACAAGACGGGAUCAUCGCCCCACAUAGUGGGCCCGUACCCUGGGACGGAUCUCCCAGCAAUUCCGGGCAUCUCCCCAAAUGACCUAGACAUUGUUCGACGCCGGGACCAAACCCACAGAAACAACGCGGCCGACAAGUUCAAUGCCCAACCCAGAUCGAGCCCGUCCAGUCUUAGCCCCGGCCAAUGGGUUCUCCCAGAGACCACCUCCGACCCUCCAAGUUCCAUCCCAAAGUCACGCCCCAACCCCACAUGAUCAUCAACAGAGAAGGCCAUGCUACCUUCUUGAUACAAAACCCAGUCAGUCAAUAAAAUACACCCGCCAUGAGGAUGACCUCAAGGUAGCCUGUAACUGUGACAUUGUGCAUGCAUAAUAUGUCAUUGGCUUGUCUUUCAGUUAAAGGCAAAGGUUUCCAAACUGAGUUGGGCCACAGUUGAGCUCCCACGGUGUUACUCACAAUACUGUUCAAGUGUUUUUGCAAAUGCCAAAACUUCCAAUGAUGAUUUUCAUUGUUAUUGAAACAAAAGGAAGAACUUUUGGAAAAAAUCAUCUUGGAUUCUAGCUCAGAUUAAAGCAUUAAUCCAUUUAAAACAUGCAAAGAGAUAACAAUUCAAAAAGCGUAAUCAAUAGAUGUUGUGAGUAACCUUACUUGCGUUUCCAACUAGAAUUUUUUUCAAAUGCAAAGGCGUACAAUUUGAGGAGGGAGGCUCCUGGUACCAGAACAAAGCUAGUAUUGGGGUUUCGUGGACCAU